AUUUUUAAGAGUUUUCAUGCCAGCCCGGCAGGGGCGCACACCGGGCAAAAUAAAACAAGACACAGCAUCUCUCUGAGAUAUUACUGGCCAGCGAUGUCUGUUGACAUUAAUGAGUGGGUGUCCCAGUGCACCGAAUGUCAGGCAGCCGGCAUAUCAAUAAAAAGCCCAACAGAGGUCAUGCCUAUACAGAUCAACAAGAGAGUAUGUGAAAUGCUUGACAUAAAAAGAAGCCUUUGCUCACCAUACCACCCUCAAACUAAUGGGUUGGUGGAAAAAUUAAAUGGGACAAUUCAAAGAGCUCUGAGCAAAGUGGUUUGUCAGCAUCCAGAAAGCUGGGAUGAAUAUUUGGAUGCAGUUAUGUUUGGUCUGCGGACCAAAAAACAAAUGACGACAAACUACUCGCCUUACUUUCUAAUGUUCGGCAGAGAGGCACGCUACCCCAUUCAAGUGCCAGAACACUACGAGGUUGAUGGCACUGUGGAGAAUGUGGUGGGGAUGGAAGUUAUGGCACAAGACCAUAACGAACAAGACCAACUAUUUGAGCAAGUUAGAGAGCACAUUAGAAAAGCGCAGGAAAAAACAAGGCACCCAAAAACAACCUCAGGGACCACACCAACUGUACACAUCGGAGAUCUUGUUCUAAGACAAAAUAUCAGGUCUCAACAAAGAAAGGGAGGAAAAUUGAACCCCAAUUUUUUGGGGCCAUACAAAAUUGUGGCGAUUGAGGGCAAGACAGCUGACCUCCAGGAUGAGAAUGGAGCCUUGGUCCCCAAAAUAAACAUUGACCACCUAAAACCAUACAAAGAAAAUAAACAAAGAGUGCCUCAUAGGUAUGAAAACAAAAAAGGAGCAUCCUCCUGGAUGACACAGUCACCAUCCCCACCAGCCUCAGCUCCUCCAGCCACUGCUCCUCCAGCCACUGCUCCUCCAGCCGCAGCUCCUCCAACCACCGCUCCCUAUCCCACUGCUCCACCAGCCGCAGCUCCUCCAAGCACCGCUCCCACUGCCACUGCUACUCUAGCGUCAGCUCCUCCAGCCAUUGCCCCCUCUGCCACUGCUCCUCCAGCCUCAGCUCCUCCAACCACCGCUCCCUCUUCCACUGCUCCACCAGCUGCAGCUCCUCCAAGCACCGCUCCCACUGCCACUGCUCCUCCAGCCUCAGCUCCUCCAGCCAUUGCCCCCUCUGCCACUGCUUCUCCAGCCUCAGCUCCUCCAACCACCGCUCCCUCUCCCACUGCUCCACCAGCCGCAGCUCCUCCAAGCACCGCUCCCACUGCCACUGCUCCUCCAGCCUCAGCUCCUCCAAGCACCACUGCCACUGUUCCUCCAGCC